AUGAUACACAAAAUAAUGGAUAACUUAGUAAAUAUCAAUUGGAACAAAGUAACGCCAUGUCUAGUUUUAUUGUUAUUAGAUUUAGUAUUAGAUUUUUCAGAAUGUACGACACAGGCUGAGGUAAACAAGCAUUUAGAACUAGGGCGAGAUUUCUUGAGUCGUGGUCAGCUUUCAGACGCAUUAACUCAUUAUCAUGCAGCUGUAGAGGGAGACCCACAUAACUACCUCACUUACUUUAAAAGAGGCACUGUUUAUUAUGCACUUGGCAAAGCUAAAUUUGCAUUACAAGACUUUAGUAAGGUAUUAGAUUUAAAACCUGACUUCACAACAGCCAGAGUUCACCGAGCUCAAGUUUACCUCAAAUUAGCUGAGUACAUGAAUGCCAAAGAUGAUUUUAUACAAGUGACAUAUGAAGACCCAUACAAUUCUGAAGCUUUAACAUACUACCAUCGUAUGGAUGAACUGAGUGAAGAACUGAGAUUGGCAGAGGCUUAUUAUCGUGGUGGGGACUUUAGCAGCUCUGCUGAAUUAGCAACAAGACUACUUGAGUUAUCCCCUUGGUCUGCAACUCUAAGGCAACUUAGGGCAGAAUGCUAUAUAGCUAUGAAUGACCUAUACUCGGCUGUGUCAGAUAUUCGGUCUGUGAAUCGACUACAACAGGAUUCAACGCAGGGCUAUCACCGUUUAGCAACACUUCUAUACAAACUUGGACAUGUCAGUGAUGCACUCAAGGAAAUCCGAGAGUGUCUCAAACUAGAUCCAGAGCACAAACAAUGUUUCCCGCUGUAUAAAAAGUUAAAGAAGGUGGACAAGUUGCUACUUCAAUGUGAGGAGAGUAGUGAAUCUAGAGAUUUUGCUGGGUGUAUUGAUAGUGCUAAUAAAGUGCUGAAGAUUGAGCAGGAAGUGACGUUAGUAGUCUAUGAGGCUAGAAGAUGGCUGUGUAGUUGCUCGGUGAAGGAAGAGCAAUACUCCGAGGCGUUAACUCAGUGUAACAGUGCCUUAUCGUUGCUGAAGGAAGCUAGAGUGUUGUGUGACCGUGGUGAUGCACUGAUAGGCCUUGAUAUGUUUGAUGAUGCAAUCAGAUCGUUCAAGGAAGCAUUAGAGCUAGAUGAAGGAUUCCAACGAGCUAAAGACGGUCUUAACAGGGCACAGAAACUACAAAAGCAGUCUGAACAGAGAGAUUAUUAUAAAAUACUUGGUGUUAAGCGGUCAGCUAGUAAGCAGGAGAUAACAAAAGCAUAUCGUAAAGCUGCACAGAAAUGGCAUCCAGACAAUUUCCAAGGGGAUGAUAAGAAGAUAGCCGAGAAGAAAUUCAUAGAUAUUGCUGCCGCUAAGGAGGUGUUAACCGACCCCGAGAAGCGCGCUCAGUUCGAUAGUGGCGUAGACCCCCUAGACCCCGAGGGCGGUCGCCAACCCUUCCAGCAAAACCCCUUCCACCACUUCCAGCACGGCUCGCCGUUCCAAUUCAAGUUCCACUUCAACUAA